CAAAGUUGACCACUGUGUAUGGAAAUCGUCUUUCACUGCUAUUUUUAUGAACACAACUGUACCUAUUUAGCUAAUAUGUAAAUGCUAUCACUGCUAUCAUCGCUAUGUCUCAAAUUAAUGAUAACAUUGUAUGAACCAACCACCAUCCUUAGAUCAGUUCAUUCUUUCAAACAGUACACUACAAAGCAGUAACAAGAUGGCAAGCAUCGUACGUAAAGUUGUUAAUACUGAGAAGUGCCCAAAGGUGCCGGCUCCAUUCAACCAAGCUGUGGUAGCCGGCCAAACAGUGUACUGUUCCGGGAUAAUGGGCAUGGAGCUGGGAUCGCUCAAAUUGGUUAAUGGAGGCGCUGGGCCGGAAGCUGCAAAGGCUCUUGAAAAUUUGGCAGUGUUACUGGAAGCAGCUGGCUCCAGCUUGGCAAAUGUCGUCAAAACAACCAUCCUACUGACAGAUAUCAAAGAUUACGGUGUAGUGAACGUUGAAUACAGAAAAGUUUUCUCCGACAGCUUCCCGGCUCGGACCUGUUUUGCGGUGAAGAGUCUUCCAAUGGGAGCAUCAGUCGAAAUCGAAGCUAUCGCUCUGGCUGGAGACGUAAUUCACACGUCAACGAAAUUGAAUUCCAAAAUGUAACGUAUAU